AUUGAUUUGGCACGACCAAUGGAGAACAUCAAUAAAUUAUCUUACUAAUAUUUAAACUUAUUAGGAUGCUUUUAUAUUUUAUCUAAUAUUUACUUCAACACAUAUAUUCGAUUAAGUCUAUUUAUAUUUAAUAAGUAACAUUUCUAAAACAUACAUGGCGAAAUACAAUUUUUUUUUUAUUAAAUACAAAUAUUUCUAUGAUCACACUUAUAAAACAUUUCUAAAUCCUUCAAACAUUUCUAAAAUAUAUUGCUCCAAAUACAAUUUUUUUUUCAAAUAUAAACAUUUCUAAGAUCUAUAUAUACUUAGAUCCGGGAAAUUGUGCAAAAAUACUACCUGCUUAUAAUACUAAAACAUACUCCACAUGUGACGCUGCCGACUUUUGUUUUUUCUUUAAGGGCCGCCGUUUUGACGGCAGCAAUAUCCCAACCUCCGCUCUUUUUAAUUUUUCUCUUCUCAAAGAAGAAUUGAUUCAAUCCUCAUUUUUUUUUUUUCAAAUUAAUUAGGUCGACUUGCUUAAAACUUGAAGAUGCAAGUUUCACCACUACUCUUUUCCCAAGCUUCGGCCUUGGCUUUUCCUACCGCCGCCGGCAAUCUUCUUAGCCUUAUAUAUAAUAAUAAAUUGAAGAUUUGCAAAGAAUUAGAGAAUGCUUGGUGACGGUAUGGAGUUUUCUGCCUGUUGAUGUACAUGUGGUGGUACAACAACAACAUGCUCACUUGCCCGAUUUUUUAAUUAGAGAAACACCACAUCCACAAAGAAUCUCCUUUCUGAUUUGAUUCAAAAAAAAAAAAAAAAUUUAUUUCUUGUCAAUUGAUUGUUAUUUUUCUGGGUUAAAUGCUCAUAGACGAACUAAUAAUCUAUUUAUAUCCAAAUGUUUGCAUCAGCCUUCAAUCGUUGCGGCAUUUUCUUGCUUCCUUGAAGAUGUCUUAUCUCUCUAUUGUUGGGGCUCUCCUGUCGCCCGCGGUCAAGAAGGCAUUUGACCUAGCUUCUGAGGAGCUUGGUCGUAUGUGGAAUGUCAAUGAAGAUAUUGAAUCACUUGCUAAGAAGUUGACAUUCCUCCAAGCUUUGUUAUCCGAUGCACAAAAAAAACAACUGAACAGUGACGUACUUCGACUUUGGCUAAAGGACAUCCAGUCAAUUUCCGUUGAUGCCGAGAUUGUAUUGGAUGAUUUUGGCUAUGAAGUAAUUCGUCGAAAGGUUAAAAAGAAACAGAUGUUAGGAGAGUGUUUUCCUUUUAAUCGUUUUCCAUUUAAUCGGGAAAUGAGUAACAAGAUCAAGAGUGUUUUAUCUUCCUUGGAUCAAGUUUGUGAAGAAGCAAGCAAGUUUGGCCUUCAUCCAGUUGAUUUGAUCAACACACUCCCUCAUGUUGGAGCAGUUAGGCCAACGUAUCCUUUCAUAGGCGAUUCAGAACGUGUGGGAAGGGAGGAUGAUGUCUCAAAGGUGAUACACAUGUUAAUACAUUCCAGUUACGGCUAUGCCUUACCAGUUGUUACUAUACUUGGAAUGGGCGGCCAAGGGAAGACAACGCUUGCCAAGGUUGUGUACAACAAUCACAUGGUUAGGGAAAACUUUGAUAAAACAAUAUGGAUUUGUGUCUCUGAUAACUUCAACAUUGCAAGGUUGUUAGGAGAGAUUUUGCAAUCUGUGUCAGGAAUUAACCGUCAACUGACCAAUGCUGAAUCUUUAGUGAAUGAGCUUCAAAAACAUCUAAGAGGCCAACGAUAUCUGCUAGUGCUUGAUGAUAUGUGGAACAAAGAUAAGGUUCAAUGGGAAGAAAUGAGGAAUUGUUUGCUUGAUAUCGGUGGUUCCAAAGAAAGUAAGAUCUUGGCCACCACACGGAGCGAGGAAGUUGCUGAGACAAUGAAAACACCAGAUUCAGAUAUCCAUCGGGUUCAACCACUCUCCGAGGACGAAAGCCGGGAAUUAUUUGACAAGUUUGCAUUUGCAGCUGGUAGGGCUAAAAAAACACCUCAACUGAUGGAAAUAGGCAAAAGGAUUUUAAAAAAGUGUGGAGGCCUUCCUCUAGCUAUCAAGACAAUCGCCACAACUCUCAGCUCUAAGCAUUUUGAACAUGAGUGGUUGACGAUUGAAAAAAGUAAGUGGUGGAAUGCUACGCAAGAAAAUUCAGUUCUUUCUGUUAUCAAGCUAAGUUAUGAUCACUUGCCCUCGCCAUCAAUCAAACAAUGCUUUGCAUUUUGUGCUAUCUUUGAGAAGGAUAAGAUCCUGAAAAAGGAUGAACUCAUACAACUGUGGAUGGCACAGGGUCUGUUAAAUACAGGUGAGAAAAGUGAUUUGCUCAUGGAAGACAUAGGCAACGUCUACUUCAACAUUCUUUUGAGGAGUUCUUUAUUCCAAGACGUUGAAAUGGAUGAGGAUAAUAACAUAUGGAGAUGCAAGAUGCACGAUCUCGUGCAUGAUGUUGCAUUGGAAGUCUCCAAGGAACAAAUCUCCCAUGUAGUAGUAGUAGAAGGGAAGCCCAUAACGAAAACGAUUGAAACUCUGCAUGUGUCACUCAAUGCCAUGGAAAAUGGUUGGCCUAUUUCAAGCGAAAGUCUGAAGAACUUAAAAAGUGUUCUUCACAGAAAUUUGCGAACACUUUAUUGGAAAGGGCCGAUGUCUGGAACCCUAUUUAAAGAUUUGUCCGAAGAAUUUGAACGCCUCACUAUUUUGAUAGUUCAUGAUGCUUAUGUAGGUGAAAUGAAAUUGCCAAAUUCAAUCGGUAAGAUGAAACAUUUGAGGUUUCUUGGCCUUGAAGUUGCUCAGAUAGAUAAUCUUCCAGAGUCCUUUUCAAAGUUAUACUAUUUGCAAACCCUAAGAGUUUAUAAAUUGGAUGGGAUACCAAAGGGAUUCGGGAAUUUAAUAAACUUGCGGCAUCUUUAUAUUGGCUCGCAAGACCAACGUAUGGAGAAUAUUUCUCCUCUGGACAGGUUAUUUGAUGAAAUUUUGUUUCCAGGAAUAGGCCGAUUGACCAAUCUUCAAACAUUAUCGGUAUUUAAUGUGAAGAGAAGUGAGGGAUGUGCAAUACAAGAAUUGGGAAACAUGAACAAGUUGACAGGCAUGCUAAGUAUACGUCAUCUGGAAAAUGUGGGCAGCCGCGCAUCUGCCAAGAUGGCCAAAUUGUGGGAGAAGUCAAGAGUUCAAAGAUUACAACUUUUAUGGAAUAGAGAAGGGGGAGAAGAAGGCGGCGAUGAUAUUGAGGUAUUGGAGGGAUUAAAGCCACAUUCAAAUCUAAAAAUCUUGGGAAUCAAGGGUUAUCAGGGCCAAAAGUUUGCAUCCUGGAUGGUAGCAAAGGAAUAUCCAUCAGCAGUACUCCACAAUCUUAAGAUUCUUAAAUUGCAGGAUUUGGAUAAAUGUGAAAACCUCCCAACACUUGGACGCUUGCCUUACCUUGAGAAUCUAUAUCUACGGAAUAUGGGAAGCAUAAAGCGUAUAGGAGAAGAAUUCUACGGUUGGUCAAAUGAUGAUUUGGGAACCAGGAGUAGUACUCCUGGUAGCAGCAGUAGUAAUGGUUCAGUAAUUACUCUCUUUCCAGCAUUGAGGAUAUUUGAUUUAGAUCAGUUGGACAGUCUGAGGGAGUGGUUUGAUGUGAUGGGAGCAUUUCAAAGUCACAAUUCAUCGUCAUCCGUGCAAGUAAAAGUAUUUCCUCAUUUAGAGGAGCUGCAUAUGAUGAAUGUUCCCUGCAUUUUGCCCAAUUUAGGUGACCGGCCAAGUCUUCGAGUAUUGCGGAUAUGGGGUUUAAAGGAUACGCCGAUUUCCUCCUCAUUCAACCCCGCUCAACCUCGGUUCCCAUCUCUAGUUGUGCUAGGGAUUAAUGAAUGUGGAGAAACAACUGAAGCAUUAUGCGACCUCAUCCCAAGUUCGACCCCACUUCAAGACUUGGACAUUUCGGCUGGCAUCAAAACAUGGCCCAAGGACCUGCACCACUUAACCAGACUUCAGAAUUUAACUCUACGAGAUUCCGUCUGGAUUGAGGAUGACGAGGAUGAGGAGGAUGAUUGUCUUCCGUGGCCAUAUCCGUACAUCUGUGAUGAUGCUACGAGUCAUCCUCCUCCUGUGUCUCUUACUUCUCUCACAUUGGAUGGAGCAUCAAAAUACCCCAACGUCACUCAUCUACCUGCUCAAAUUCAGUAUGUAACCACCUUGGAGCAUUUAGAGAUACGAGGUUUCGUUGGGUUAGAAUCUCUUCCUGAAUGGUUGCGUAAUCUCCAUCGUCUUCAGAGAUUCCUACUUAGAGGCUGCGAGAACCUCAAGCAGCUGCCAUCGGCUGAAGCAAUUGGAAGACUUACAAAUUUACGCUACUUAACAAUCAUAGACUGUCCGAUCCUGAAAGAGAGAUGCAGGGAGGAAAGUGGGUCGGAGUGGCCCAAGAUUGCCCAUAUUCCCUCUUUGCGAAUUAUCUGAGAUCAUUGCUGGAGCACCGGCCUAAGCCAUUGAAGCUCAGCAAAGGCGAAGGCUGAAUCCAAAGAAUUUCUAGCAUCGAGUGGCGAUUUCAGGUCUUCGGUGGAUUGAAGGACUUCAGAAGAGCUGGCUCCGUUACUUGGAAUUAUGUUGAUUGUUUGGUCCAUAAAAGGCUGAAAUUUCCUUCAAGUUUCUGGUUAGUUUCAGUUUCCAGCCAACUCCUCUAAUCUUCGUUGAGUGAAAUAAAUAAACGUUACCUAGUGCUAACAGCUAAAUAUGAUUUCUCUCAACAGAAAAAGUCAUGUUUAACAUUUUAGGCUCGAUAUUGAAAUUUCAAGCUUCAAAAUGUUUAAUAAAAGUAUAUAAAAAGGUUAUAAUAAAUGUAGUUUAUGAUUAGGAGAAGAAAGAGCUGCUUCUUGGUAGAGGAGCAUAUGAUACAUACUACAACCAGUUGAUAUAAAUGAUUUAACAAGUAAUGCUCCGUUCCAGAACAUUGAUGUAUAAGUUAAUAUAAAAGCCCCACUUGGCCAAUUAAUUUCUUACGAUUUGAUUGGCCAAUGCUUUUUUUUUUUUUUAAUUAUGGUCAACUCAAUCAUAUCAAGUAUACUAAACAUUAGUUAUCAAUAAAUUUUUAAUUGUGUUCGCAUUUAGUUUGUUUCCAACUCUGAAAAUGGAUUACCUCUUUUUUCUUGUUAUGAAACUUGACUAUUUGUUUGGGACAAAAUUUUUUAUGAAAUUGUAUCUUUUAAAAAAAUACUUACAUCGUUGUUUUCAUAUGAAGGAUCUUGGGGUUCUUAAGUACUUUCAUGGUCUUGAAGUGAUCCGUCAUUCUUCUGGUAUUUUUCUGUGUCAGCGUAAGUAUGCUUUGGAUAUUAUUUCUGAGGUUGGAUUGUUGGGAGUUAAGCUGCUUGUGAUCAAAAAGAGCGGCCGCCAUAAACUCAAAUUGCCGUAAUACCGUCUGUUGUUUAGGGUUUAUACAUAUAUACAUACAUAUAAUAUAACUCAGCCGUAAAGCGGUAACUAUUGUACCGUAAAAUACACUAUUACUAAUUACAUCCGUAUGACUAUAUUUUCUGGGCAACGAUUGUAGUAUCUAUUAAAAUUCAUGGUGCUGGGACGAUCAAAAUCAUACUGCAAGUUUUGGGUGUUUGAUGAAUUGCAUGACGUCUUUCCAUAAGAUAUACUACUCAGGUUGAAACAUGCACUUUUUAAAAAGCAAGUAAUGAAACCCCAUUUCGGGGUUAUUAUUAAUUGUCAAAGUUGUCUACGAAUGAUGAUCAAGGGGUAACAAUUGAAUUUUCAACUAACCACAACUUAUGUUUUAUGCAGUUAGUAACCGGCAUAACAUUGAUUCAAACUACCAGAACAGUUGGCAAGGAGACCUCAAAUUCAAAGCUGGCUGCAGGGCAAGCACAGGAUUGAGGGAAUUGGAGUUAACCGCGAAAUGAGUAGUCUAACGGAGUGGUUUGAUAUAAUCGGAGCUGUUCAAAGACAUAAUUCAUCAUCAUCAUCAAUUAUGCAAGUGAAGGUGUUGUUUGGAGGAGAUGAAGAUGUUCUGGGUUCCCUGUAUUUUUUGCCAAAUUUAGGUGAUCUACAGUCUUCCAGAAUUGGUGAUAGUAUAUGGUUUAUAAGAAAUGCCAAUUUCAUCUUCAAACUCCUCUCAACUCUUUCAAUCUCUACACCGUCUACGGAUCCUAGAUUCACAUUGUGGAAUUUUUACAUUGUGUCGCAACAUUUACUAAAGUAAUUAUUUCUUGUAUGAAUUCACUCUUUUUGUCUAUAAUUUCUUCGAAAUAAAUAUUGAUAACUUCACAUGUUAAAAUGACUUACGAAAU